AUGCGUCUGCGUUAUCUGCUCCACAUGUUAAUAGUGGCCUCCAUCUCCAGCUGGCUCCUCUUCAGCCUCUUUUGGAGCCAUCUUCUCCCUGAAGCCAUCGGCUGGCCUGGUAACAUCAAACCGGCGUUGGAGAAGAAGGGGUUGCUGUGCCAGGGCCCCCCGGACGGAGAGACCGUGGUGCCCGCGUGCGGUGGACUCGUCCUCCUCGUCUCUGCGUUCCGGGAUGAGCGCUUCAGCCGGAGGACUGUGCGCGUCAUCGGCGUCGCGCGCCGAACCGGGCUGCCGCCGCUCUUCUGUCACAUCUGCACCGGCCCUUCGGUCUUCUCUGUGCCGGCCGCGGUUCUGAUCCACUCCGACCACUUCGGCUUCGCCUACGGCACCACGGACUUCCUGUGCCAGUGGAAAAGUGACACCGGGCUGGCCCUCCGGGUGUCCGUCUCCGACCGGGAACUUCCAGACCUUUCGACGUCAUUCCUUUGGAUUCAUGAAACCGCGCGGAACUCCACUGCCCCCUUUCCCCGGCAGUUUUCGGUGUGCAUCUCCACCUUGUUUGGUAACUAUAGCAAUGUCCUACAGUUUGUCCAGUCACUGGAGAUGUACCGCCUGCUGGGGGCGGGCAAAGUGUUUGUGUACAAGAGCAGCUGCCCGCCGCUGCUGCAGAAGGUUCUGGAUCACUACUCGUCCACAGGCCUGCUGGAAGUCGUGCCCUGGGAUGUUGGGCGCCAUCUUAAGGUCUCGAACAGCUGGAAGCCCUCGCUGGGGCCUGGCGACCUUCACUACCAUGGCCAGAUCGCGGCGCUCAAUGACUGCAUCUACCGCAACAUGGUGGACAGUGCCUAUGUGGUGCUGGUGGACAUUGACGAGCUCAUCAUCCCGCGCCUCCACCAGACCUGGGGCAAACUGAUGGACUUCCUCUCGUUCACACAUCCAGGCGUGGUGACCUUCUUGUUCGAGGACACUUUGUUUCGCAACACCGUGUUUGGGGAUGACGGGAGGCUGGACAUCUGGCCCCACGUGCCGGGCGUGAACAUCCUGCGGCACGUGCACCGGGAGCCGUUCCAGCCAUUAAGCCACAACGCGCGGAAGCUGCUGGUGAACCCGCGCUUGGUGGUGUGGACGUCAGUGCACGACACGCUCUGGCUGAAGGGGACCUCCUUGAAUGUGCCGCCGUCCGUGGCAUACCUGCACCAUUGCCGCAAACCACGCGACAUGAGCGCGAAGGACAGCCAGCUGCUGCAGGACACCAGCCUGUGGAAGUACAGCGCCCCCCUCAUCCGAAACGUCUUCCGCACCCUGAGCCAGGUGCUGGGGACCUGAGGGCCCACCCUCAUCCGAAACGUCAACCGCACCCUGAGCCAGGUGCUGGGGACCU